CUUCCUUACUUGUUUCCAACUUUCAUUACGAAGCAGAAUCUAUUAAGAAAUAAUGGCGUUCCCACUGUAUACAAAAACAUUCCACACCACCUCCUAUUCCAGCAUCGACCCUUCUCGUCCCGAUCUCUCCACGGCUGGGAAGGUUGUUCUCAUUACAGGUGGUGGUUCUGGUAUGGGACCUCGCAUAGCCCACGCAUUCGCAACUUCUGGAGCCACCAAGAUUGCCAUUCUCGGACGCACUGUGUCCAGUCUCGAGCAGACAAAGCAAGAAGUAGAGGCAGCUCAUGCUGGCGUGAUAGUUCAUAUAUUGGUUGCUGAUAUCAGUGAUGAAACUGCGGUCAGCAAAGCAUUUGAGGGCAUCUCGGAAGCCUUGGGCAAAAUCGAUAUACUCAUCAGCAACGCAGGUUACUUGCCCGACACUAAGCCGAUCGCGGAAGCAGAUGUCGAGGAAUGGUUUCGGGGAAUGACUAUCAACGUCAAAGGAACCCUAAUUCUUUCAAAAGCUUUCCUCAAGCACGCCUCCGAGAAUCCGACUUUCGUGCAUGUGUCAACCGGUGGUUGUCACAUUUCUCCCAUGCCCGCGAAUAGUGCGUACGCAGUGAGCAAGAUGGCAGCUGCUAGGAUGAUGGAAUAUUUCGCUUUCGAGAACCCACAGGUCCGGGUCCACAUCAUCCACCUAGGUGUUGUCCAGAUAGACAUGUACAAGAAAAGCUCCGAAGGUGGCCUAGAUUUCCUGUUUGAUGAUAUCGAACUGCCAGCUUCUUUUGCGGUCUGGAUUGUUAGCCCCGAAGCUGAGUUUUUGAGGAGUAAAUUUGUCUGGUCGAACUGGGACGUCGAGGAGUUGAAGGCCAUGAAAGAGCAGCUCCUUUCCUCGCAGGACCUCACACUUGGUCUCCAGGGAUGGCCUUAGGUGCGAUCCAAUCCAUCCCAAUGACAUCUUACAUAUCCUUAAUGCCUAUUUACGUUUUACACCCCAGAGGCAUGGUUCUGACGGAUGCAGUCACUUGUUGGACAAAGCCCCGUAUCUAACCGUGGCUUGGGUUGGCGGUGAAUUGCGGCAGUGCAUUCGUGGCGAAGGUGGCCUCAGGGGUGGGAGGAGAGGGCGCAGAAGGACGAACCUUUUCGUCCCGAAACUCACAUCGGUGGUGUUCUAGGCAUCGUGGUUGGGGCUGAGAAAGGCACAGAUCGUCUAGUGGUCCGCGGGUUAUACAGGAUCGAACGUCGCGGUUCAUGUUGAAUUCAGCAACCUUCAUUCAACGUCGAUGAAGUAUAUCAUUCUUGAAUACUACGGGAUCCUUAAGAACCUUGUGUAUCAGCUCUGUCA